AUGAGCUCGACGCCCCUCCGCUUCCCAGGCCCAAACCGCUUCAGGGCCGACAAAGAGAAAGACCAGACGCCCGAGGCCAAAGACCGUGUCGUCCAGCAGACAGACCAAGAUGCAAGCCAGUCCCGCCUCAGCGCCGUAGAGACCGGAUAUCUCAUUGACCCGUUUGCGCGAGCGUUCGUUGAAGGGCCCGUCCAGAAGAAGCUGCCGCUGAUUAAUCGAGGAACCUACGUGCGCACCACCGCAAUCGACCAGCUCGUCACCCGCUUCCUCGCCUCCACGCCCGCAAAAAAACAAAUCAUCUCCCUCGGCGCCGGCUCCGACACGCGCUACCUCCGCCUCCUCACCACCCACCGCGCCGCCGCCGCCUCCCUCCUCUACCACGAAAUCGACUUCUCAGCCGUCACCUCGCGCAAGAUCCGAGCCCUCACCCGCGGCGCCCCCUCGCUGGUCUCGGAGCUGCUCAUAUCGCCCCCGACGGCACUGACGGCCGAUGCACUAGCAUCGGAGCACUACCACAUCCACCCGCUGGACCUGCGCACGCUGCACCCCGGCUGCGCGCUCCCGCAGGGCGUGGAGCGCGGGCUGCCGACGCUGUUCAUCUCCGAGUGCUGUCUGAUCUACCUUGCGCCGCAGGAGGCGGACGCCAUCGUGCGCUGGAUCACGGGGGACUUUAGCGGCGACGUCGGCGUCGUGCUGUAUGAGCCGAUCGGCGGCGAGGAUGCCUUUGGGAAGGUGAUGGUGCAGAACCUGGCGGCGCGCGGGAUCGUGCUUAGGACGCUGAAGAAGUAUUCGAGCCUUGAGCGGCAGAAGGAGCGGCUGCGGGUGCUGGGGCUGGCGGGCGGGCAGGAGGCGGCGGAUGUGGACUUUCUGUAUGAGCGGUGGGUGGGCGAGGGGGAGAGGGGGCGGAUUGGCGGGUUGGAGAUGCUGGAUGAGAUGGAGGAGUGGAGGCUGUUGGCGAGGCAUUAUUGUGUGGUGUGGGGGUGGAGGGGUGGGUUUGGGGGGUGGGAGGGGGCGUGGCCGGUGCAGGGUGGGAGUGGGGUGUGA